GGCUAGGUGCUGGCAUCAGCGCGUACGCUGCUUAAAUUAGAAGACAGCUGCAGGAGCUGCAGGAGCUGCAGUCCGGUCACAUUGGCCUGCCUCCCCAUCUUGCUCUGUGCCUGAUGUUAUAUACGACAUGCAUGUGGGUGGGCAUGCAGCAACGGCCUCGCAAACGUACGCCAUCAGCACCGCUUCACUGUGUCCAGCAAAGGGACAAUGGCAGACCCAGACAUUUCACAAGGCUCUGAGGGCCCUCUCCCUCCCCACGCGGCUGUAUUUCUUCGUGUGAAUCGCCCCGAGAGCACUCCGCCCAUGCCCAGGUAUGGGCGGAUGGAGAACGACGACGACCAUCCGCUUACAGGCAAGUCCCUUUCGAAGCAAAAGAACGCAUCCAGGUGGUCUGGUAUUCAUGAGCUUACGCGACCAAAAUCCAUUCUGCAACGCCUGGCAUCGCCGGACUUGCGCGCCAGCUUGGGCUUCUCCCCACGAACCACAGGCCAGCGCUCAGCCCUUCACAACUUCCGCGACAGCGAGAUCAUAGUCGGCGUGGAUCUUUCUUCCUUCGAAGGGCCGGCUACCGCGAAACUCUUCACGUCCCAGGCGUCGAAGAGGGUCGUCAGCGCCCAAGUACGGCUCGGUCCAACAGCCGACGCGCUCUCGCCCAGGCCCAACGUCAACCUGGAGCUGUCUCGCGACAACCGGGUCUCGAGGUCGGAUACCAUCCGUCGGUAUGGGCAGCAGCUGGCCACAGAGACCAACAUGAUCGUAUCCGUGCAGGAGAUCCCGCCGGUGGUGGACCUGAGCUCCCUCGAGGGCCCGAAGAACGAUGUCCAGCAUGCAGGGUUACGGAAGCAGGAGAUGCUAUCAUGGACGACACGGAGCCCUUCUUCCUCUUCCAGCUACUUCUAUCCUGCGGACCCGGAACAGCCGAACUGGAAGCCCUUCUCCAUGAGACCAUUCUACAUCCUGAUGCUGUUCAUGCUGUCGCUGGCCUUGGCGGCCGUGCAGGAGUUCCUGUGCCAGCGCUCGCAGCAUCUCAAGAAGCAGGGCCGGGGCUUGAUCCAGUAUAACAUCGUGUCGGACGUGUCGACCAGCGCGUUCUUCUGCUGGAAAUACCUCCCGACCAUCGUCAUGGUCAGCUACGGCGUCCUCUGGCAGGUCACCGACUACGAAGUCAAGCGGCUGGAGCCGUAUUACCAGCUCGCGCAACCGACCGGCAACGUCGCAGCCAAGAGCUUGAACCUCGACUAUGUCACGCUGUGGUCGUACUUUGUGCCGGUUAAAGCCGCGAGGUUGCGACACUGGGCCGUUUUCGUCUCGUCCCUGGGCACCAUCCUGGCGACGACCGCCGCGCCGUCCUUGCUGAACCCUAGCAUCGCGUCCGUGAGGAAUCCCAAGUGCAGCGAUGUCAAAAGGGACUGCGCCGAGUUCAAGUACUUUGUGCGCAUCCACCCCGUCUGGUCCCGUCUGGUGACGGCGUGUCUGGUUAUCGUCGCCAUCCUCGCCGCCGUGCUGUCCAUCCAGCUCCGUCGCAGGUCAGGGCUGCUCGGCGACCCGCGAGGCAUUGCUGGCGUUGCGGCCAUGGCGACCAAAUCGCACAUCCUCACGGACUUCCAGGGCAUGGACGAGGCGCUCCACGACGAGAUCCACAAGAGACUGCGGCACCGUCGGUACAUUCUGUAUAAGUCCACCAUCUGGCAGGGCGAGUACGUGAGAGCGUCAUCAGACGACGACGACGACGACCUCAGCAGCAGGCGACGAGCCACAAAUCCACACCCGAUCAUCCUGCAUCCGCGCAUCCUCGUCGUCUUUCUUGCCUUCCUCUGCAUCUGCCUGCCUCUAAUCCCCAUCGUUACCUAUACGCGCGUCAACAUCGUCGCCGUCCACCUCCCCUGGCUCCUCACCCUCAUCGCAACCCUGAUAAAACAGCUCUGGACCACGCUCGAAUUCGCCGUGAAGAUGAUCGAACCCUUCUACACCCUCUCAAAGGGCAACGCCCUUCCCUCCCUAACCCUCACCCUCGACUACCAGGGGACCCCCUACGGCCUCCUCCCCUUCCAAGCCCUCCUUCACGGCCACUACCUAGUCGCCCUGGUCGGCCUCGGCUCCAUCCUAGGCGACAUACUCACGGUCGUAGCCUCCUCGUUGUCCCUGAGCGCCGAAAGAGAGACGCAGCAAUCCUUCACCGUCUCCUCCACACUAGCCAUCGCAAUAACCAUCUUCCUCAUCCUGACCGGAACACUAGUCUUCGUCCGUCGCAGAAGGCCGUUCAUGCCACGCCAGCCGUCCACGAUCGCGUCCAUCCUCGCAUUCAUCUACCAGAGUCGUAUGCUGGAGGACUUUGAGGGCACGGAACGCUUCACCAAUGCGCAGAUGGAGGCUAUGCUCGUCGCGAAGAAUAAACGGUAUGGGCUUGGUUGGGUCAAGGGACUGGAUCAGAGGCCGCAUUGUGCGGUUGAUGAGGAGCCUAUGUUGAGCCGGUAUGUGCAUGGUGUUAGUUAUAUUAAGGCUAGGGCGCCGUGGGAGGAUGUUUAGCUGUCUGGAUACUGUAUUUGCCCAUCAAUCCUGUGCUCGGUACAGCACGGUUUACAACAAGGCUUCUUCCU